UGCUGUUCCUAGCAACGACUUUGGAUUUCGUAUAAAUACAAGAAGUUAUGAAGCAAACAUUAUUAUACCUUAUUUCUCACACGACACCUCAAGUCACAGUGAGCGAAGGACUUUUUGUUUUUAUUUCAGUAACAGAACAACUAAAUCGUCAACAUGCGAGAAUGUAUUUCCAUCCACGUCGGACAGGCCGGAGUCCAGAUUGGUAAUGCCUGUUGGGAAUUGUACUGUUUGGAGCACGGCAUCCAACCUGAUGGUCAGAUGCCCUCAGACAAGACCAUUGGUGGUGGUGAUGACUCCUUCAACACCUUCUUCAGUGAGACUGGAGCUGGCAAACACGUACCAAGAGCUGUCUUUGUCGAUCUUGAGCCAACAGUAGUCGAUGAGGUCAGAACUGGUACUUACCGUCAACUUUUCCACCCAGAACAACUGAUCACUGGAAAGGAGGAUGCCGCUAACAACUAUGCCAGAGGUCACUACACCAUCGGUAAGGAAAUCGUCGACUUGGUAUUGGACAGAAUCCGUAAAUUGGCUGAUCAAUGUACCGGUCUACAAGGUUUCCUCAUCUUCCACAGCUUCGGUGGUGGUACCGGAUCAGGAUUCACUUCACUUCUCAUGGAGCGUCUCAGCGUCGACUAUGGAAAGAAAUCAAAAUUGGAGUUCGCUAUCUACCCAGCCCCACAGAUCUCCACCGCUGUCGUUGAACCAUACAACUCCAUCUUGACCACCCAUACCACCCUUGAGCACUCAGACUGUGCUUUCAUGGUAGACAAUGAGGCCAUCUACGAUAUCUGCAGACGUAACUUGGACAUCGAGAGACCAACAUACACCAACUUGAACAGACUCAUUGGUCAGAUUGUCAGCUCGAUCACUGCAUCACUCAGAUUCGAUGGUGCACUCAACGUCGAUUUGACUGAGUUCCAGACCAACUUGGUACCAUACCCACGUAUUCAUUUCCCAUUGGCUACAUAUGCCCCAGUCAUCUCUGCCGAGAAGGCAUACCAUGAACAGCUCUCCGUUGCCGAGAUCACCAAUGCUUGUUUCGAACCAGCUAACCAGAUGGUAAAAUGUGAUCCACGUCACGGAAAGUACAUGGCCUGUUGUAUGUUGUACAGAGGUGAUGUUGUACCAAAGGACGUCAACGCUGCCAUUGCCACAAUUAAGACAAAGAGAACCAUCCAGUUCGUCGACUGGUGUCCAACAGGUUUCAAGGUCGGAAUUAACUACCAACCACCAACUGUUGUACCAGGAGGUGAUUUGGCUAAAGUACAGAGAGCCGUCUGCAUGUUGAGCAACACAACCGCCAUUGCUGAGGCCUGGGCUCGUCUUGACCACAAAUUUGACUUGAUGUACGCCAAACGUGCUUUCGUCCAUUGGUACGUCGGAGAAGGUAUGGAGGAAGGAGAAUUCUCAGAAGCCCGUGAAGAUUUGGCUGCUCUUGAGAAGGAUUACGAAGAAGUUGGAGUUGACUCCGUAGAGGGUGAAGGUGAAGAAGAAGGAGAAGAAUAUUAAACAGUGAUAUAAGAACAAUAACAUUUUGAAAUUACGAUAACAUUACCAUCCCAACAGUGUCAAAACACAACCUUACGCACACUGUAAAGAAAUAGAACUUUAUAGGAUCGUUUACAUCUUUGAACGUUGAAAUAUGUUGUUAAAUUGUUGACAUAAACUUGCUAUAAGACUAAAAAUAAAAGUUUAUUGUACUGAUA